AUGGAUUGCAACAACAUCCUUCCUUCCAAUCGACCAUUCUCCAAAGUGUUCCUCUUUGGAUUCAAAUACUUCGCUGAGCUCCAGCACAGUGAGGAAGCACCAUGUCCUUCAAUCGAUCCAGCUUUUCCACAGACUCUCAACUACUUUACCAACACAUCCUUGGAUUCACCCAUUCUCCAACUACCUCCCUCAACUACCAACAUGACGAUUCCACCUCCUCUCUAUUUACUUCAAGCUCUCCCACAGAAACCUCUCAACUUAAACCAGAUCCGCUCUGGAGACCACCAUUUACUUCUACCUUUUCCAAGCUCCUCCAUGGAUUUAACCUUCCAGUCGAACACCUCUCCAACUGAGUCCUCUGUGGAUUCAACUGCAUCACCUAGCUCCAGCCACCAGACUCUCCCAACUGAAUCACCAGCUCUAUAUGGAAUCAACUACCUCUCCAAGGACGGACACAACCACUUCUUCAAGCUCUUCCCACACUAUCAGUGGAUUCGACAAUCUCCAACUUACCUCACCUCAAACUACCACUAUGAGGACUACACCUCCUCUACUCUACUAACAUCCUUCCAUAGAAACCUCUUUCUCCUCUAUGGAUUCAUCCAUGUCCUCAUUCCAAUCGACCACUUCCCAACUGAUUCCUCUGUGGAUUCAAGUACUCCGCUAGCUCCAGCACCAGUGAGGAAAACCACCGUCUUUUCAAUUCUACCCCAGAUCUUCCACAGACUCUCCAACUUACAACAACCUCCUCUAUGGAAUCGACCACAUCUUCAAAUCCAGCACCCAGUUGAGGAAACAACCACCUCUUCUGUGGAUUCAACCACUUCACCUAGCUCCAGCACCAGUGAGAUAACAACCACGUCUUCAAUCUACUCCAUUUCUUCCACAGACUUCUCCCCGCUUAUACCACCUCCUCUAUGGAAUCAAGUACCUCUUCAAGUAUGGACACAACCACUUCUUCAACUUUUUCCCACAUCAUCUUGGAUUCCACCACUCCUCCAACUUACCUCAACCUCAACUACCACCACUGAGGAAUCCAGCUCCUCUACUGACUCAAGUUCUUCACAGGCUCAGAAACCUCUUCAACAUACACUAACCCUUCUUCAGCUCCAGCACCAGUGUGAAACAACUACAUCUCCAAUCUACUCCAGCUCUUCCACAGACUCUCCAACUUACUCCAGCUCCUCUAUGGAAUCAACUACCUCUUCAAGUACGGACACAACCCCUUCUUCAAGCUUUUCCACAUCAUCCUUGGAUUCCACCCAAACCUCUUCAACUUACACCAGCUCUUCUUCAGGCUACUCCUCGUCCAGCUCCUCUUUGGAGCCCACCAUUUCUUUCUACUUCCCAAGCUCCUCUAUGGAUUCAACCACGUCCCCCUUCCAAUCGACCACUUCUCCAACUGAUUCCUCUGUGGAUUCGACUACCUCACCAGGCUCCAGCACCACUGAGGAAACCACCACGUCUUCAAUCUACUUCAGCUCUUCCACAGACUCUCCAUCUUACCCUACCUCCUCUAUGGAAUCAACCACCUCGUCAAAUGCGGACACAACCACUUCUUCAAGUUUGUUCACAUCCUCCUUGGAGUCGACCACUUCUCCGACUGACAUCACCUCAACUACCACCACUGAGGACUUCCACCUCGUCUACUUACUCGAGCUCUUCCAUAGAAACCUCUUCAACCUUUUCCACAGACUCUUCAACUUACCCACUCCUCUCUGGAGCCCACCAUUUCUUCUACUUUUCCAAGCUCCUCCAUGGAUUCAACCUUCCAGUCGACCACCUCUCCAACUGAUUCCUCUGUGGAUUCAACUGCCUCUCCUAGCUCCAGCACCAGUGAGGAAACAACUACAUCUUCAGUCUACUCCAGCUCUUCCACAGACUCUCCAACUGACUCCCAGCUCCUCUAUGGAAUCAACUACCUCUUCAAGGACGGACACAACCACUUCUUCAAGCUCUUCCACAUCAUCCUUGGAUUCGACCACUUCUCCAACUUACCUCACCUCAACUACCACUACUGAGGACUCCACCUCCUCUACUUACUCACACUCUUCCAUAGAAACCUCUUUAACUUCUACCAGCUCUUCUUCAGGCUACUCCUCAUCCAGCUCCUCUUUGGAGCCCAUCAGUUCUUCUACUAUCCCAGCUCCUCUAUGGAUUCAACCAUUACUCCAGCUAGCUCCAGCACCAGUGGAGGAAACCACCACGUCUUUCAAUCUACCACCAGCUCUUCCACAGACUCUCCAACUUACAACACCUCCUCUAUGGAAUCGACCACCUCUUCAAGUACGGAAAAACCUCUUCAGGCUACUCUUCAUCCACUCAUCUUUGGAGCCCACCAUUUCUACCUUGCCAAGCUCCUCUAUGGAUUCAACCACGCCCUACGUCCCCACUACCAGUUCUCACACUGAUUCCUCUGUGGAUUCAACUACUCCAACUAGCUCCAGCACCAACUCUCCCGCUUAUACCACCUCCUCUAUGGAAUCAAGUACCUCUUCAAGUAUGGACACAACCACUUCUUCAACUUUUUCCACAUCAUCUUUGGAUUCCACCACUCCUCCAACUUACCUCACCUCAACUACCACCACUGAGGAAUCCAGCUCCUCACUGACUCAAGUUACUCCUCAUCCAGCCUCCUCUUUGGAGCCCACCAUUUCUUCUAGCUCCUCUGUGGAUUCAACCACCUCCUCCUUCCAAUCGACCACUUCUCCAACUGAUUCCUCUGUGGAUUCAACUACUUCACCUAGCUCCAGCACCAGUGAUGAAACAACUACAUCUCCAAUCUACUCCAGCUCUUCCACAGACUCUCCAACUUACUCAAGCUCUUCCGUGGGCUUAGAAACCUCUUCAACUUACACCAGCUCUUCUUCAGGCUACUCCUCGUCCAGCUCCUCUUUGGAGCCCACCAUUUCUUCUACUUUCCCAAGCUCCUCUAUGGAUUCAACCACGUCCCCCUUCCAAUCGACCACUUCUCCAACUGAUUCCUCUGUGGAUUCGACUACCUCACCAGGCUCCAGCACCACUGAGGAAACCACCACGUCUUCAAUCUACUUCAGCUCUUCCACAGACUCUCCAUCUUACCCUACCUCCUCUAUGGAAUCAACCACCUCGUCAAAUGCGGACACAACCACUUCUUCAAGUUUGUUCACAUCCUCCUUGGAGUCGACACUUCUCCGACUGACAUCACCUCACUACCACCACUGA